AUGUCAAGUGCGAUGAACAAAAGCCCGAAUGCUAUCAGUGCAAGCGCACGGGGAGAAAGUGCGAUGGAUACAGUGAAUCACGUCCAGGGAACAACCACCAGCCUGUCGUCCCCAACGGCUCGGGCGCUAUCCGGGGUAUUUGAGUCUGAUCUCUGGAUGCGCCACCUCCCCCAACUGAGCGAGUGUGAACCUGUCGUCAGGCAUGCCACGGCGGCAGUAAGCGCGGCCCAUGAGCGGGCGCUUGUGCUACAGCGAAAUCCAUCAUCCACUGCGGACCACCGAGCCGCUAAUGAUCGCUUCAUUAUAUUUCAUUAUAAUGAGGCCAUUCGACAUUUGAGAACCUAUCUUGUUUCGCAAAACCCUAGAAUCGAUCUUCUGGUCAUCACAUGUUUUCUUUUUGUGUGCUUGGAGAUGCUGAAUGGUAAUCACAAGCAAUCCCUGGACCACCUCGAAGCGGGCCUGAAGAUAGUUCAGAGCGUCAUAGGAAGACUGCAACCUCUAGGAAGUAAACUAAAUGCGACUUAUCAUGAGUUAUGGAAAUUAAGUCUUCGACUGAACAUCCAGCUCGCAAUGAACGGACGGCCAAUGGUUGCCCUUGAUAUUAAGCCAACAUAUCCCGAAGUGAAACGCUCAGAUGGAAGGCCCGUUUGGUCGGAUAUUUACUGGGCUCAACACGCACUCUAUAAGCUCAUGAACAAGACACUCAUGUUCAUCCGUUCUGCAGGGCACGAACGCACAGAUCGCACACACUUGAUGCCCCAACAGUCGGAGCUCAGGAAGGAAUUUCAAACAUGGAGAAGUGCCUUGGAAAACUAUGCAAAUGAAGCAGAAAACUCCCGAAAAGGCGACCGGCGAGGUCUGUUCUUCUUGCGUUCGUUGUAUCUUGUCUCUUGGAUAUGGACGGAAACAUGUCUGGCCAGACAGGAAACGGUCUUCGACAACUAUAAUUCUGCUUUCGCGGAGCUCGUCCACUGUGCCGGUCAAGUCAUUGAUCUUGACGAUGCCACCGACCGCAAGUCAACGAAUUGCGCACCGGAUAUCUUCACUCUCGAAACACGUAUUGUUACAGGGCUGUACUAUACAGCAAUUAGGUGCCGGGAUCCGAUCAUCCGUCGGGAGGCUAUCCGGCAGAUGAACAGAUGUACCAAACAAGAGGGUCUAUGGAAUAAACAUAUUAUAGUUAAGAUUGCUCAAUUGGUGAUGGAACUGGAAGAAGCCAAUAUGUCAUCGCUGGACGUACAAGAAAGAGUUCCGGUCGACAGGGACCGUAUAUAUGAGACAGUCAUUUCGUGUACGCAGGCAGAAAACCUUCGAAGUACUCGCCAAGUUAUCCUGCUUUCGAAGCCUAACGGACCAGAUGGCGCGUGGCUAACUAGGGUUCGAUUUGUGGACUGGGAGUAG